UUCAUUAUCAUAACAAUUUUAACUGCGAGGGUGGAAGCAAAGUGAAGUGGGAACAAUCCUAUUGUUUCUUUUUCCGUCAGUCAGAAGAGUAAGAAUCUAGUCGGUAACUUUGGUUGAUCAGACGUUAGGGGACUGCCACAGCAGAAGCAUCUCUCUCUCCAUCUAUCUGAGGCCCUGCUAUCACUGUCUCGGGGGCUAUUACAGGUGAUCGUUCGAGUGAAGAAAGGGACAAUUUCGAGUUGUCUUUCCAGAGCAACUUUACGCAGCCCCUUUACUCAGCUUGUUCGAUACAAGGACACCGGAAUCCCAGGGGCUUCAUUAAGUAGUUAGUGAUUUAACGACAGCAGCUUCCUCCCCGGUGUCUGCCUCGCCUGAACCACAGAACCUUUACGCAUGAACCGUGAGCUGCACCAUGGCGCAGAGUCAACACGAUAUAAACCACAUGUAUGCUCCAUCAUCUUACUCUUGUAGCAGGGAGAUGUACCAGGACCAAUCAACCUACCUGUCAACCUCGACCUGCCCCAUGUCCUACCCACAGCCGUCCCACUCCUACACGUCACCAAAGUCGACAGUGGACAGUGCGCUCUUAACCAUCAUGCCUGACUACAGCGGGUUCUACCAGCCAAAUUGCCAACGAGACAUCCAGGCUUUUCCUGACAGGAAAGGGUUACCAUAUUCACUUGACUCGCUGAGGCUUCCACCACCUCUGACACCUCUGAACACAAUAAGGAAUUUUACACUUGUGGGACCUGCGACAGAGGGCCCUUGUCAACCAAAUCCCUACAACACUCCAAAUUUACCCCUGAGGCCAAUACCGAGGCCGAGAAAGUAUCCAAACCGCUCGAGCAAAACGCCUGUCCAUGAGCGACCAUACCCUUGCCCGGCAGAGAGCUGCGACAGGAGGUUCUCUCGUUCGGACGAGCUGAGCAGACACAUCAGAAUCCACACAGGGCACAAACCCUUCCCAUGUCGGGUCUGCWUGCGCAGUUUCAGUCGCAGCGACCACCUCACUACGCACAUCCGCACACACACUGGAGAAAAACCAUUUUCUUGUGACCACUGUGGAAGAAAGUUCGCCAGGAGUGAUGAAAGAAGGAGACACACGAAAAUCCACUUAAGACAGAAAGAGAAAAAGUAAUCAUAAUCACCCUGGCAGAAUUGGUUUGAACAUUCAGCCACAAUGUUUCCAUGCAGUCCAAAAAUAAUUUUAUAACAUCCAAAUCACAUUCACACUGAAUUUAGCAGACAUAGUUAACUGGGGCGACUACUGAAUGUGGAUAUAAGGUGCUGAAUGAAUAACAUCCUAAAUGGACAGGGCUAUCACAUGUAUAUUAUUGAAGUUAGGCAUAGAGCCAGUUAGUCAUAACUGUAAAUGUGCACAAACACUAGUGCUCAAGAUAUAAAGUGUUUCAAUAGAGCAGGUUAGGAAACAGUCACAUACAUGCUGAAUAGCAGGCAAGGAGUAAGAUUCAACGCCAAUACUAAAGGGUAUCAGCCGGCAAGUAGCUUCUCUUUUGCCAGUGUUUAAAGAACAACUGAAAAAAAGAUGAUACCACAAUAGAUGAGACUGUGAUGGGCAUCCCUGCAUUUUAGCUGGAAAGGAGUGCAAUGACCAAUAUCACAGAGCCUAGAGGUCUGUUCUGUUCUGCUGAAUAUCAUCCCCGUUCUGAGAYUGGGGGCUUGACUCCCAUGUGUGCAAAAACUGGAAGCUUUGUACAGUGUCUGUCAAGAGAGACAAUUAACUGAAUUGAUUAACCUGCUGUUUGAUAACUUUUUUAAAUCUCCUGUUACUUGUUGGAUAAAGAUGACAGAGUAACAAACAAUUGAUGCCACUUAGCCUCUCAGCUGUAAGAUCAUUACAGAACGUAACAAAGUAGAAYAAUGUUGAUACUUUUAUUGUAUGUGUUUUUUACACACUGAGUAUUGAUAUUUAACUGACUUGAUGCUUCUUACAAUAAUGUGUUGUAGAAUAUGUAUUUUUGUCUUAUUUUGGUCCUUUGAAAGUAGGCUAUAGGCUAUUG